AUGUAUGAGCAGGACUGUUUGGGCCGAUUAAAUACUGACCCAGUUCGGAUUACUGUAGACAAUUCCAAACCUCUGCCUCGCCUGUCUCAAUAUCCUUUGAAUCCUGAGGCAGAGGCUGGGAUUGCUCCAGUUAUAUCUGCAUUAAAAGAACAAGGAAUUAUUGUCCCUUGUUCCAGCCCCUGUAACACCCCUAUCCUCCCAGUUCAAAAGGCUGAUGGCAAAUCGUGGCGAUUUGUUCAAGACCUUCGAGCUAUUAACCGUAUUGUCAUACCUUCUUUUCCAGUGGUUCCUAACCCUGCUACAGUACUAGCGUCUAUUCCUCCAAAUGCAACCCACUUUACUGUUGUAGAUUUGUGCUCCGCUUUCUUCUCUGUCCCAGUUCACUCUGAAUCCCAGUAUCUCUUUGCCUUCUCCUACAAGGGUCAGCAAUAUACAUGGACUACCCUUCCCCAGGGGUAUACAGAGAGUCCAUCCUAUUUUUCUCAAGCCCUAGCCAGGGAUCUCGCUGAUCUGGUUUUCCCAUCAGGAUCCACACUGAUCCAAUAUGUGGACGACUUACUCCUGUGCUCCCCCUCUCUGUCUGCCUCAGAAAUUGAUUCACUAACACUUCUCACAGCUUUAGCGAACAAGGGUCAUAAGGCUUCUCGCACAAAAUUGCAGCUCUGCCAAACCUCUGUCACAUACCUAGGCUUCCUUCUCUCCCAGGGCUCCCGUACACUCUCUCCAGCCUGGGUACAAGCCAUCCUUAGCUUUCCCCAGCCUUGCUCUCCAUGCCAGGUCAGAAAAUUCUUAGGCAUGACAGGGUUCUGUAGGCAAUGGAUUCCCCAAUAUGCUUCUCUGGCUAAACCACUCCAAGAACUCACUCGAUCCUCUGUACCUAACCCCAUGCCAUGGCCACUUGAAGCAAAUGCUGCUUUCAUCUCCCUUAAGCAGAAUUUAGCCUCUGCCCCUGCCUUAGGGUUACCUAACUAUGACAAGCCUUUUACCCUUUUCUGUCACGAACAAUCUGCUUGUGCCCUCGGGGUUCUUACUCAGAAGCACCGUGACAGAAAUCGCCCGGUGGCUUAUUUUUCUGCAACCUUGGACCCUGUAGCCCAGGGUCUACCCCCUUGCCUACGCGCUGGAACUGCUGCAGUGCGCCUGGUCGAGAUGUCUGAGUCCCUUGUCCUCCGCUCUCCUCUCACUCUCAUGGUCCCCCAUUCUGUGGAAACUCUCCUUCUGCAACGCAACACUGCUCACCUCUCCUCUGCUCGCCUCACUAGGUAUGAACUUUUGCUGCUUUCAGCCUCACAUAUCACUAUUAAGCGCUGCUCCCGGUUAAACCCUGCUACCCUCCUUCCUUUACCUAGUGAUGGUGAACCCCAUGACUGCCUUGCAACUGUCUCCGCUAUCACUGUCCCGCGCCCCGACCUUUCAGAUGUACCUCUCCCUAACUCUGACCUGGUAUUAUUCACUGAUGGGUCCUGUUAUAGAAAUGACCAAGGCCACCUUCUUGCAGGGUACGCUGUGGUCUCUCUCUCUGAGACCACAGAAGCUGCGCCCUUACCCUCUGUGACCUCUGCCCAGGUGGCUGAACUGAUUGCUCUAACCCGUGCCUGCUUUCUAGCCGAGGGGCUCUCUGCCACUAUUUUUACUGAUUCUCGGUAUGCCUUUGGGGUUGUGCAUGACUUUGGCAUCCUCUGGCAGGCUCGAGGUUUUCUUACCUCUACUGGUACCCCUAUCAAGAAUGGCCCCUACAUUGCCGCCCUCCUGUAUGCAGUUUUACUACCGUCUGCCUUGGCAAUUGUUAAGUGUACUGGCCACUCAGCGGCAGACACCGAGGUGGCAAAAGGUAAUGCACUUGCUGAUGCUGCUGCAAAACAUGCCGCCACUAUAAAACCUUCACCAGAAGCGUUUCUUGGUCCCCUCUCUGUCUCUGUGCGAGCAGCGUGGCCGACGGAACCCACCUCUGCUGCCUGUCACACUCUUGAGCCUGGUGAUUGGGUCUACCUGCGGCACCACCUUCGGAAGCACGCCUUGGAACCCCGGUGGAAGGGUCCAUACCAUGCUGACCACCCAGACAGCCGUGAAAUUAUCCGGCAUCGCUGCAUGGAUCCACGCCUCACAGUGUAA